AUGGCGACCAGCAGCAACGAAAUUACGGCGACGGACUACAAAAUAGUGAUGGCAUUUCUGGAAGAAUGGGGGCUUUUCAGCUCAGUCAAACCAGAAUACAACGUCAAGGGCGCUUACUCCAAAGUUGUAGGAGGAGCUCUCAAACUUAGCUCCCUUCACAAGGCCAAAAUCUCCUGCAUUCUCACUGCUAAACCGCCCCUUCUGAAUGGAGUUGGUAGGCUGCAUGGGCUUACAGUAGCAUCAGUGGCAGAGAGGGUCGCUAUUGCUUGUGCUAAGACAGUAGUUGGGACAGAUGGGGAUCUCUUCCUUGGAGAGCUUUGCAUCUCUUAUCUCUCAUCAGCUCCGCGUAAUGCACAAGUGAUUGUGGAGGCGUCUGUGGUAAGCAGCCAGAAUAAGCGGACAAUAGUUGAAGUUAGUUUCGGAGCAGUGGAAACGGGGCGAGUGCUCUACUUGAGUCGCGCUACAUUUUACAGCCUCCCCCUUUCUACUCGUUUGUGA